GCCUUAUUUCACAGAUCGAGAAAUUGAAUUGUACCAAGGAGCUGCGCAGUAUGAAAAUCCUCCUCAUAUCUAUGCAUUAACAGACAACAUGUAUCGUAACAUGCUGAUUGAUAGUGAGAACCAAUGUGUCAUCAUCAGCGGUGAGAGUGGAGCAGGAAAAACGGUGGCUGCUAAGUACAUUAUGGGCUACAUAUCCAAAGUAUCUGGAGGAGGAAGCAAAGUGCAGCAUGUAAAAGAUAUCAUUCUUCAGUCUAACCCUCUUCUUGAAGCAUUUGGCAAUGCCAAGACGGUCAGGAACAACAAUUCGAGUCGAUUUGGUAAAUACUUUGAAAUACAGUUCAGCCGUGGAGGAGAGCCAGAUGGAGGCAAGAUAUCAAACUUUCUGCUGGAAAAAUCC